CCGUCAACGAAUGAUAAGCACGUGACGUUCCAGUGAUAAGCACCUGUGCUUUAUCAUUUUCUUAUAAAUACGACGAUUUAACAUGUAGGCAGUUAUAACAAAUUAAGAAGAGAAGUUUAACCAUCAAAAGUGCAUUUUAUCAGUGUGAAUGUAAUCAAAUUUUGACGAAGAUGAAGUUUGUUGGAGGUGCUUUCCUUGUAUUAUUCUUAUGCACCAGUGUCGCAUCUGAGGAAGUUUUUGGAAAUUCUCUAAACGAAAAUGAGUCGAACAACAGCAACCCGCUCGCAACUGCGAAACCUGAGGUAAGCAGCGCAAUCAGUAAUAUUUCAACAUCUGUCGAUCCAUCCGCAUCCAGUAACGAUGUUAAGCACAUUUCGUCGACUGUAGCACAAGUGGUUGUGAAUAAUGCGACAAGAAGUACAGCAGCACCUCCACCGCCCGAUCCAGUAUUACCGGCAAAAACGGCGGCGGAAGAAGAGCACAACAGCUCCAUGGCGAUAUUCUUCGUGCUGUGCGUGUUGGCGCUUGGAAUCUUGCUCAUUCACUUUUUGCUGCACACCGGCUUCCAAUACAUUCCGGAAAGUAUCGUGAUUGUCAUUCUGGGAGCGGCAGUCGGUAUGACAUUAAAUACUCUUUCCAAUCAGAAUGUUAGCAACUGGCGAAAGGAAGAGGCGUUCUCGCCGACCGCCUUCUUCCUCAUCCUUUUACCGCCGAUCAUUUUCGAAUCCGGUUAUAAUUUGCACAAGGGUAAUUUUUUCCAAAACAUCGGCUCGAUCUUGGUGUUCGCGAUAUUCGGCACCACAAUUUCCGCUUUCAUAACCGGCUUCGGCAUUUACUUUCUCGGGCUAGCCGACGUCGUCUAUAAAUUGAGCUUUGUAGAAUCGUGUGCCUUCGGCUCUUUAAUUUCCGCAGUCGAUCCGGUCGCUACGAUUGCAAUAUUUCACGCAUUGAACGUCGAUCCGAUUUUAAACAUGUUGGUGUUCGGCGAAAGUAUUUUGAACGACGCAAUUUCUAUAGUAUUAACUACGGCCAUUUUGGAGUCGAAUAGUCCGAUGACUUCGACCGGGGCGGCGAUAAUGCAGGGUAUUAAUCGUUUCUGUCUUAUGUUUUUUGCUUCGGCCGGUAUUGGCGUGAUGUUCGCGCUCGUUAGUGCUUUGCUGCUGAAGUACGUCGACUUGCGUAAAAAUCCGUCCUUGGAAUUCGGCAUGAUGUUGGUGUUUACGUACGCCCCCUACGUACUCGCCGAAGGCAUUCACCUGUCCGGCAUUAUGGCGAUUCUGUUUUGCGGAAUCGUCAUGUCCCACUAUACCCAUUUCAAUCUCUCCACCGUAACGCAAAUAACAAUGCAGCAGACCUUGCGAACGCUCGCCUUCAUUGCGGAGACAUGCGUGUUCGCCUACCUCGGGCUGGCGCUGUUCAGCUUCAAGCACCGCGUGGAACCGGCGCUGAUCGUCUGGAGCAUAAUCCUUUGCCUGAUUGGUCGCGCCUGCAACAUUUUCCCGCUCGCUUUUCUCGUCAACCGAUUCCGCGAGCAUCAAAUAACGCGGAAGAUGAUGUUCAUAAUGUGGUUCAGCGGCCUGCGAGGAGCGAUCUCGUACGCUCUGUCCCUCCAUUUGAAUUUCAGCGACGAAACUAGGCACGUCAUCAUAACGACCACGCUAAUAAUCGUGCUGUGUACGACCCUAUUUUUGGGCGGCUCCACGAUGCCGCUACUGAAAUUCAUGGAGGCGACAAAAAGUUCGAACAACUUGGCUCGAAGGACCAGGCGGCGCAAGAAGGAUCGCGCGGUUACAUUGAGCAAAACGAGAGAGUGGGGACAGGCGAUCGACUCUGAGCAUCUAUCGGAAACUACGGAGGCGGAAGGGGAGGUCACCUUUGUUUCGUCGCGAAUUAAGGGUUUCGCCAAGUACGACUUGAAGUACUUCAUUCCUUUCUUCACGAGACGAUUUACUCAACAGGAAUUAAAAGAUUGCAAGAGUCAAAUGACGGACUUAACCAAUCAAUGGUAUCAAGCGAUUCGAAUAUCUCCUGAUCAUUCCGACGACGAGAGCAUGAAUAAUCCUUCACGGACGAGCAGUAUUUCGAGCAUAGUUCGCUGACCAUCGCUGGAAAAGCGUGAGAAAGAACCGUUCCUUAAAAGAUAUCCCAAAGGUUGCUGAAUUAUCAUUUCAUUGCACAUUAACAAAAAAAUAGGAAUCUGAUCUGUAAAUUUUCCAUCACAUUUUAACCUCGACCUCUGAUAAAUAAUUAAUUUGUAUAAGACCUUAAUUGUUAUUUAUAUUCCAAUGGAAAGUUUCAACUUUUUCUCCGAUCCAGUUCAAGAAUGUGUAAACAUAUUUUUUUAACUUGGGUCAUUUUGCAAACAACUAAUUAGUGGCGAUUUAUCACCAAUUAACUACACUAAAUAAUGAGACCAUGCGAUAAUUUUUGCAGGCUUUCAAAUACUUUUUAUCUGUCUUAAUGAUAUCUUUGAUAUGUGUGUGGCAAAAGGCUAAGCGCAUUAACUGGAAUUAAGUGGAUAGUUUUAUUUUUAUAAAAAUAUGUGUAGCACAAAUACGUGGGGGAUAUGAUAACGAAUUGUUGUUAUAAAUAUUUACCGGUUUUUUCUGCUAUUGAGCAAAUGAAC